AUGGCGCAUUUGGUCGAGGGGACUUCGGUCCUCGACGGAUCAUGGGCCUUGCCGAUUCUUGUCACCGAUAUGAAUAUUCAAAGGUUAGUUUUUGACCUAUUUUCAUCAUUUUAGUUUAUUGAAGUUUGAUUCUUUUUCUUUAUUUCUGUCUUUUUUUCCAGAAAUAUUUUCGUUCGUGGAGAUCUUCAUAUCGGUGGUCUCAUGCUGUCGCUGGUCAACGAGAUCGGUUCGCUAUUUCUUUCAUUUUCAACUUUUGUAAAUUUUGAUGGGAAAGAACUUUCACUAAAGCUCAGAAAGGGCAGUGUCUUAAUUUUCACCUGACAGACCUAGUUUUUUUUUUGAAAUUUAUCAUUUUGAAAUCCUUAAACUUUAUUGUAACAUUAAGAAUGUUCUUUUAACAAGAAAAUUUGAAAUCAAGGUAUCAUUGAGAAUUGAAAACUGUUUCUCUUAAAAUCGCUGAUAAGUAGCCGGUUUAAAGAGUCAUUUCCUAUUUUUUAUGUUCCAUAGAUUGAAAGACUAAGAUAAUAUCAGCGGCUGUCUCCAAAUACAUUUCGAACACUGAAAUAAGAUUAGGUUUCAAUUUCUCGAAUUUAAACUAACUUUUGAGCAACUUGUGACUAAAUUAGAAUGAAAAACUUGAGAAAGAUAUCCGAAAUUGAAAAGCAGAAGAAUUUUGAGGAAUUUCUCAUUUUAAGAGAUUGGUUGUGUUGCAAAAUCAUCUCUUUCUCACACCUUCUACUUUUUUUUCGCGUCUUACAUGUUCUUUUUUUCCAAGAACCUCCGCUAUUGAUUUGUUUCUACGGCUCAAGGAUCGUGGAAGUGUCGGCGAGGCCUGAUCCGCCCCCGAACAAACGCUUUUACAUUCUUACACAGCCGAGGCGGCGCUUCUGUCGGUACGUUGGUUGGCAGCUCAUCUCGCGCCGUCUGUCAGGCCAAAACCUUGCGAGAAAAAUUGCUCUUCUCACAAGUGCAAGGGACGCGUUGCGGUUGUAGAGUAUCGAAGGAAUAAUGAUAUAAAGUAGAAAAUCAUGGAUUUAUUUCAGUAAUGAAGUCGUCAAAUCUUGUUCCGAAGUAGGUGAUUUUCAAAAGUUUUUGCUAGUUACGCGUAUUUAGAGAGCAGUGGACAUUUUGAAUGUGUAUAAUCUUGUGAAGUUGAUUUUAUCUGCACAAAAUAUUUUUCUUUGUGAAUUAUCAGUAGAAGGAAGUUUCCUAUGAGUUUUUUAGAAUAGAAAGUUGAAAAUUUGGCUUUUCAGUUUCGUCUUUUUUCGAGGAGGAAUGACUGUAUACGUUCAUAAUUAUCUAGCUUCAACAGAAGAUAGUUGCGAAAGACAGGGGUGACCUGAAGAGACGUGAGAGAAGGGAAGGGUUCUAUCUUUCUCUAGUUUUACUUCAGACCGACUCUGGUCUUUCGCUCUCACUAGCCAUCUAUGAAAAUUUACGAAAAAAAAGUUUCAACCGCUUAUUAAGACAUGAAAGUUUUUUUUCCAAUGAAAGUUUGAAUUUUCUCUCUAAAGACCACCCCAAUUUAUUUUGUUUUCGAGGCUAGGACUAGUUUUCCAGCAUCUCUUCAAAUGUUUUCCUUUCUUUGUAAAAACUUCGAAGCAUGGAAUCUUCCAAAGCGCGGCUGAUCUCUCGAAUUUCCCACGUUUGGUGUACUCUUCACAAACUCCUAGACCAAGGAACAAUGAAGCCAGGCGAUCAAAAGCAGAAGAAAAAGAAGAUGCUUUUGUUUGCGUUCUGCGGCGACUACUCGACGAAUCCGACUGACCAGAACAGCCGAAAAUGAGUUGCGCAUACAGCCGCAUUCAUUGAUUAUUCCCUUGGUUUGCGCUUUGCCGCGUGUUUUGUUAUGCGGUCGGCUCGGUUUCGCAAAUGUCGUUAUGAGAGGCCCUUUCGAGUGUUUGUCACGGAAAAUGCCAUAAUUCCACUGAUUUUACAGUACCAGGAAAGGUCAGGGACGUGAAAAAAUCUGCUUCGCAUCACUUGGCUGAUGCUAUAGAACUCUGGAUUUGUUACGAGCCCUGAGAGGUUUCAUUUGAACCUGGUGACGGGAAAAAGGGUCCAACUUUUCUCCAAAAAUCAAAUUUUUUCUUUGAGCUGUACUCCUUUUGCCACGAAACAUAAAAAUAGGUCUAUAAAUAAAUAAAAGCUGUUGAGUUUUUUUCGGAAUAGUUUUUAUGGCUAGAGUGUUCCGACAAGUGUACUCUGUUCAAAAGGCUUACCUAAACAGACUUGAAAGAGCAUUAUUUUUUCAAUUUUAAAAAAUGUGAACCUUUUUUUACCGUUCUCACACAGUGCAAUGUCGAUUUCUGACACAAUAAACAUUUGAUUGUUAUGAAUAGAUCAAAUUUCGGGUGCAACGAUUUGGAAGAAAUAACCUUGGCGGCCACAGCGGGAGUUCAAUCUCGUUUUUUAUUGUGGGACGGACGCUAUCAUUUUCAAUUCUACUUGCUUGGCAAGAAGUAAUAAGUAUAUAUUUGUGUUGCGCAUGUUCUCGGCUACAUAUCCAAGCAAGAAGAUCAUUCGAGCGCAACGAAACGUCCCUCGGGGCGUAUCCGGAACGUUGAUUGCCUGCCGCGCGGCACGCGUUUCACGUUUCCACCCAUACUUUGCUUGUUGCUGGCCCCGGGAGGGUGUUCCGAUGUGAUAGUAAAGUGGUGGACUUCGAAAAAAAAAACAAAAUAAUUGAGUUUUCUUUGAAAUUGACAUUAUUCGCCACGGCUUUGCCGUUUACUUCAGGGACAAAAUUAUAAGAGCAAGGGAAAAUAUAUAAUAUAAAUGGCUUGGAACUGCAUCAUAGUUUUGAAUUUGCAUCACCCCUUGAAAGGAUUCCAAAUUAUUGGAUUUAUUGAUCGGAGGUUUUUUUUAGCUCAGUCUGCAAUUUUUAUAGGGAUGAUUUCACUUUCCCAUAGACUUUUCAAGCUUGAAGCUUUCAAUGUCAAGUUUAGAAGAAUUUCACCGUUUUCGAAGACUGAUUCAUAUAGGAGUAGACACAUAUUAGGAGCCCAGAAUACUUAUCUAUUCUUUAGCUUGUUUGUUAGCUUUUUUUUGAUUAAAAUCAGAAUAACAAGGGGCGAGAAACUUGAAGAGAUUUCUGCGAUCUUUUAAUCGUACACUCUCCAAAUCAAACGUUGAAGAUCAGAAGAGCUCUGUUUUCUACUCCCGCAGAAACUCUUCAAACGUUGAUAUCUUGCAGACGUGGCCCGAGAUUGGUCAGACCAUGCGCUUUGGUGGCCAGAGAAGCGAAGAUGGCUCCAGCAUACACGAUCGACCCUCGAUCAAAACGGCAUCACCGCCGAAUCGAAGCUCGAGUUCACUCCCAUGCACAAGGAUGCCAGGUUCAGUUUCUCUUCAUUAUACAAUUUGCGUCUGUACCUUCAACUCAGUACCUAGGCAAGACUCUGGUGGAAAAUAAAUAGGUUAAUAAACACCUAAAAAUUUUUAUUUCCUAAAAAGGAGAGCUUUUUCAAUCGAGCAGUUCAAAAAGUGGACCUAAUAUUUUCGAGAAAGAUAUGUUUUUUUUUUCUAGAGUACAAUUGCCGGACAUGCAAAUGAUCGACGCGCGCCUCGAUUUUUCUGUGAAUAUCGUCAAGGCGACGGCGAAAUUGUGCCGCGACAUCGGAAUCCGACGCAGUGAGGAGUUGAGCUUGAAACGGUUCGAUCGAGUUUUUCAACUUUUCAACAUAAACUUUCUCUUUUCCAGGUACAUCCCUCCGGAAGUGCUGCGCAAAGGAACCGCCGAUGCGGAUAACCUGAGCGGACCUCAAGCCAUUCGGCCUGGAGAGGUGCGAACUUUAAUUUAAACAAAAUAAGAAAGAUAAAAAAUGUUACAUCCUGCUUUAGAAGGAGAAAAAACCUUUUAAAAUGCAUCAUCAUCAGUUAUUUAUUCUGCAAUAAAUGAAGGUAGGUUUCCAGGAGUCGAUCGGGCCGAUGACCCUGCGGAAGGCGACGCCGAUCUUCGCCUCGCAGUCGAACCUCGACGGACGACGACGGCAGCAGUCGCCGGCCCUCUCCACCAGCGGCCACAUCUUCAACGCCCACGAAAUGGGAACCCUUCCGCGACACGGGACUCUCCCGCGUGGCGCUAGUCCCAGUCCUGGCGCUGUUCGUUUCUUUCAUCAUUUUGUAGUGUUUCAGAAAGAUUUAUCAGCAAGAAGCACAGAAAAAAAAAUUCAUCAAGUUUUCAGAGGCUUACACGGCUUAGUUGUGUUACAACGGAAAAGCUCAAAUCUUUUUUGAAAAAUAUAUCACAGAUAUCUUGUGUACGCGAGACUCUUAGAAACAAAACUUUCCAAAUUUCCGUAUUUUUUCCUGAGGGCCUGGUUUGACCUCUUGUGUAGGGAUAUUUUCAAAAAACGGUCAAAAAUUUUCAUCAAGACUUUCUUCUCAUCAAGAAUUACUUAUGCGCAUGAACGUUUCGAAAAGUAAAUUCAGAUUUUUUGCAGUACAAUGACACGAUGCGAAGGACUCCCAUCAUGCCCAGCAUCAGCUUCAGUGAAGGUGCACUUGUUCAACUGCGAAUGGAAAGAAAAAUGAAACCAUUAUAGGCCUCGAGAAUGAGCAAUUCGACGCGGCUCUGGUCCACUCGCCCCGCCUUGCGCCUAGCCGCGACACACCCGUUUUCAGACCGCAAAAUUAUGUCGAGAAGGCGGCUUUGAACCGUGGUUGGCUCGAUUCCAGCCGGUUCGUUCCAGAUUCCUUUUUUCCAGGAUGUUAGGAAAAAUAAAUGCCAAAAUUUCAAUGGGAAAAGUUGAGAAUUUUGCCUCCAAAAGUCGUUUAUUCUUAGUGAAUCUAUCAAUUUUCCAGCUCCCUGAUGGAACAGGGCGUCUUCGAAGGCGAUAUCGUUCUUCUCCGUUUCAAGUUCAUGUCUUUCUUCGAUAUCAAUCCAAAGGUUUUUAAUUUAAAAAUAUAACUGUUGAGUAUGUAACGUGGAAGAUUAGAGUCAGAAUGAGUAUAAAAAGGAGUCUGAAUGUCUCAGGACAUCAACUCUCGCAUCUCAUCCACAGCCCCGCCUUCACAUCCGCCCGCCGCCAUCGGCCACCUAAAAUUUUUAUUUUAUUUGGUUUGGUGUAAAAAGAGGUAGUCGAGUCAGUCGUCGGCGUCGUUGUCGUGGCCGACGGCGGCGGGCGGCGGUGAAGGCGGGGCUGUGGAUGAGAUGCGAGAGUUGAUGUCCUGAGACAUUCAGACUCCUUUUUAUACUCUUCUGAGCAUAAUCUUCCACGUGAUCUAUUUACUAGAUAACGUCUAUUUACAUAUCUCAACAAUAACAUUUGAAAAGAAAAAGUGGAGGUUUCAACUUAAAUCGUGAUAUUCAAGCUUUUCACAAAUCUAUUAUGUUCAGUAUGAUCCCGUGAGAAUAAACCAACUCUACGAGCAAGCCAAGUGGUCGAUUCUGUUGGAAGAAUUCGAUCACACUGAAGAAGAAGCGACUCUUUUUGCGGCUCUUCAGGUUUUCAAAAGAUGGUUUUUUGUGAAUCAUGACUUUUUUCAGCUUCAAGCAACUCUGCAACGAGAUUCGCCUGAACCCGAAGACGCGACGAAAGAUGACGUCGAUCUACUUCUCGACGAAUUGGUUCGUCUUAAUUUUUUAUCGUAGUCAUCUGAAUUUCUAAAUAAGUAAAUUUGUUGACGGGUCAUUGUGAACCCGAAAGAGUUCACUUGGCUUUGAAUUUAAGCGAAUUUUUUUGAGUAUCUGAGGAUUACAGAGAAAAAGUUGAAUGAGAGGUGAAAUUAUUAGUAAUUUUUUCGAAGACUUGCGGAGGCGGAGAGUUGCUAAAGAAAAUAAUAAAAUAAAAUUUGUCCAGGAACAAAACUUGGACGCGGCUGCGACGAACCGCCGCAAUGACCUGACCCAAGUGCCGGAACUCGCCGACUAUCUGAAAUACAUGAAGUGGGCGUUCGAGAAAAGCUCACAAGUUUCCUUCUUUUCCAGACCGAAGAAGCUGGCGGCGUUCAAGGGCUUCAAACGGGCCUAUUUCAUGUUCCGGGACCUGUAUCUUUCUUAUCAUCAGUCGUCCUCUGAACAACAUCUGCCGCCUCUUGGUCAUUAUUCCCUCAAAGGUAUCAUUUUCAAAGAAAAAAAAACCGUUAAAAAUCAAAUUUAAGAAAGAAAAACUCAAUUUGUCGAUUUGGAUUCAAUUACUAAGGUGUCAUUUAUUUGUUGAGUUUAUUAGGAAAUGGAAUACGAAAAAUAAAAGUCAAUUCAGUGAUCAUCUAGGUUUUUCUGCUGACUUAAUUAUGAAGCUUUUUUUCCGGGAUUUCUGAAGCUACGUCACUUUUUUUGUAGAAACAUAAUGACCAGGAUUGUGGCCUUAAUACCGAAAAAAUUACUUGAAUAUUCGGAUCUUUUUUUUAUGAAAGGACUUUUGGCCAUUUCAAGCUCUGGAUGUUUUUUGAAGUUUUUCCGGGCAUUUUUUUAAAUCUUCGUUUUCCUACCUUUAGAUGUGACACUCCGUGAUAUUGCUGAUUUUUUCUUCUUUUUUUGUCUUAUUUCACAGUUUCAAUUGAACCAUCUCGUUGAUAUCAUAACCCCUAAUGUUAGAUAAAAUGAAAUAAAAUCGCAGAAGAAAAAUUUGGUUGUUUAUCUCAGUGAUUCUUAGCAAGAAAAAUUGUCUAAAAAAUUGAAGUUUGCCUUCUAAUGGGUUAAUAUCUUUUUCCAUCAAUCUUUUUUAUUCAUUGAAGAAAAACUUUCUAGGUUGCGAAGUGGCCCCAGACGUUUCUGUGACCCAAGGAAAGUACCACAUCAAGCUGAGUCUUCCGACGGCCGAAGGAAUGACCGACUUUGUCCUCAAAUGCGACUCGGUACCUUUUUUCGUUUUCACUUGAUAUCGAUCAAUAUUCAUUUCUUUUUUUUGGUCACCUAUUUUUCUCUUUGUUGGAAAAUCGAUUAUUUUCAGGAGCAUCAAUACGCUAGAUGGAUGGCUGCCUGUAAACUCGCUUCAAGGUCGGUCUUCUUAUGACUGAAAAAAAAACUUGACUUCAAAUCAUGAUUAAACGGCUCGAGUAACGGUGUUCAAUAAGAAGUUUUUAUGAGGCUAGCCUUUCUGCAAAUUUUUUUUUAUUUCCAAGAAACCUUCGGCGUCAUGUUCAAUAAAAAAUGACGUUUAAUUAAAUUAUUAGAUCAAAUCAACGAGCAAAAUUAAUAUCGAAAAGUAUAGUUUUCUCAAUCACGAAAUUUUAUUUGCUUUAUUUUUCCUGACGCCCUCAUUAAAAAAAGAAGCGAAAAGCACCUUCGUUUGAACUCUUGUGACCUAUUCAAAAGUUUGAUAGUUUGAUUUAUUAUGGUUCAAAGCUGAAUAAAACUAGCAGGGAGUGAACGUUUUUCAGAGGAAAAACCAUGGCGGACGCUUCUUACCAACAAGAAGUCGACGGCCUGAAGAACUACCUUCGGAUGCAGAGCGGAUGUUCGUGAUUUCAUACUUCUUGCCCUAUAAGGAUUUCGUGUACAAAAAGUUGAAUAUAGCUGAUCUAUGGCUGCCAUUUAAAAAAGGGUCCUAACACGACAAAAAAGAGACAGCGCCUGACUGGUGGAGAGCGCACACAAUUUUUUUUUCCCGUAAAAUACGCAAUGAGAAAUUUUGGCAACCGUGCAAAAAAUUGGGUCCUACAUCAAGAAGCUCCACGUUUGGAAUUAUUUGGGCAUUUUGACCAAAAUUAUCAAUCCGCGCGUGAAAAAGGCCAUCUUUUUGUAAUAUCCAAUUUUCUAACCGCUCACGAAAUUCCAAUUUGAAGUAUUUUGCGAAAUAAUUACAAACGAAUCACGUCCGUUUGGAAAUCGCCGAAUUGACUUUGAAAAUGCAUGGCUUUUCAAAGACAGAAGAUGAGAAAGUUACGCGAAAAAAAAACCUGAUAAAGAUUUGUAGAAAAAAUAACAGUUGACUCAGUUUCAGAAAUCAAUUCUCGCGAGUAGUAUAUAAAUUUUUCUCGUGAUUUUUCGUGACAAGAACAUUUAUUUUCCAGUGCACGGCCGCGAGAACGGAACGACGUCGCGGAAAGCGGCGCCAGUCAAACUUCCCAAUGAUUUCAAUGUUGAAGAAUACGUUUCGUCGAGAUACGUGCGACGGGCUCGCAGCAAACAAACCGUAAGAAUUUCGGGGUAGAAAACAAAAACAAAAAAAGCCUUCCACAAGUUUCCUGUGUCUUUUUUUUGGUUAUCCAAGUUACCAUUUAACAUAAUGGAGAGGAAAGAAUAAAGUUUGUAUCAUCUCCACGAAACUGAAAAUUCCAAGUGUUUUGCUCAAAAUGGUUCCAGAGCAUACGUCGGCUAUAUCUUUAAUCCCAGCAUUUUGCCGGCGAAAAAAAAAAAUUCAGAAUAAGAAUACGCCGAAAAAGAUGAAACAGUCGAAAAAGUAAGACAAUAUUUUUUAAAUUUAGAAAUUGACUUAAAUUAUUUUGGGAAUAGGUUUUAAACUUGAGUGUAACAGUUUUUCCUAUCAAUUAUCGGAUCGAGAAGCGCUUUAUUUUCCCGUAUGCGAUCUAUCUUCCUUAAAGGCAUAGGGGCAGUAAAAAACGGUGUUUCAGUUCAAAGCAGUACUUUGUAGAGCUUUUCAUUGCGAAUCGAACGGUAAACUUGGGAACGUACCGAACUUCCUAGUUUUGAAGAAAAAAUAAUUCAAAAUCGGAGAAAGGAAAGCUUGAGUUCCCGCGAAAAGGGCGCUUUGCAGUAAAGUUGCUCUAUGGACAACAGGCUUCCCCGUUUUUCGGAUUUUCGCUUUUUUCUUCGUUUCUUUCAAUUUUCAAUUUUUUCUGUUGUCACCAAAGUUCUUUUCGUCACAAAAGCUUUCUAUUGAUGUAUAAUUUGCAAACUUUGAUCGCAAAAAAGCGUUUUUCGUGAAAAAUGAUGAUUUUACACAAGUUUCGAUUGGGAUAGCGAUUAUUUGUGUUUUCUUUAUUAUCGCUGUAUGUUUUUUGUUUGACUAAAUGUUUUUUCAGGAAAGAAACCCUUAAUUUGAGACAGAAAUCCGGUUAUUUCUCACAAAAUGCGAGACUAAUAAGACGUCCGCAACAUCGCGUGCACGACUACUGUAAACAUUUGUCCGUAGGCCGAUCCGAAGCUUUUUUCAAAAUUAAUGGCGGGAAAGUGAAAUCGCGUUUUUCUUCUAAAGUUGUCACACCUGUAAUUUUUUUGAGUACACCAUUCGAUUCGCAAAGAAAAACUAUAUAAGAAACUGCUUUCACCUGAAACCCCAUUUUUUACUGCCCCUAUGCCUUUAAACCGGAAUAAUCGAUAAUUUUCGUAAUAUUUUAAACAAAGAUUUUUUAGUUGCAACAACGGAUCUCUGAUGCGCACUCGAACGUCCGGCAGUUGACGGCGACCGAGGCCAAAAUGCAGUACAUCAGAGCGUGGCAGGCCCUGCCCGAGCAUGGAAUGCAUUAUUUCAUCGUCCGAUUCCGCAAUGGCCGCAAAGCCGAUCUGAUUGGUGGGUGUUCGGAAAAUUCAUGUCAAGUCAUCUGUUUUUAUUUUUGCUCUGAAAAGUGUUUCACUUUAUUUCUUGAAGCUUCAAAGGCGGUGGAAAAUGUACUUCAAAUUUCAAAUUAUUGAAAUCAUAUUAAUAACUUCGCAAUUGGAAGUGGCUGUUUUUAACGGAACAUACUCUGAAAAAUGAUUAUUUUUAAACCUUUCUUUUUACUCUAGGUAAUACUCGAUUCCUUGUAAAAAUUCAAGAGGUUUUGAACCGGCGACUCUUCUUUCAGGAGUCGCCAUCAAUCGCCUUGUCAAACUGAACAUGGACAAUGGAGAGUGCAUCAAAACGUGGCGAUUCACGACAAUGAAGAAAUGGCAUGUCAACUGGGAGAUUCGGCAUCUCAAGGUACUUUUUCAAGGCUUCACCUGAUUUUAAUUGACGAUUUUCAGGUUCAAUUCGAAGAGGAGGACAUUGAGUUCAAGCCUUUGUCGGCUGAUUGCAAGGUGGGAUACAUUUCUGGAGAAACAUUUCUUGAAAAAAGUUUUUUAAAAAAGUUCAAGCAGUUUUUAGAUUUUUCAACGCAUCUGAAGGAUAUAUCAAGCUUUAUUUAAGCCCUAAAAAUCUAAUUAAAAAAACGUAUAAAACUGCGAAGUUUAAAAGAUUAAAAUUAAAAAAAUAUGACAGUUGUUAGAAAGCCACAAGAUAAAAGGAGAGCUAAUCUGAUCAGUUACCCAGCAAUAAGUCCCUUUUUUGCUUGAUUUCUAAUCAGUAAAUCAUUUCCAGGUGGUCCACGAGUUCAUCGGCGGCUACAUUUUCCUCUCGAUGCGAAGUAAAGAACAAUCGCAAACCCUGAACGAAGAACUUUUCCACAAGCUAACUGGUGGAUGGGCUUAA